UUAAUUUUGUAGUGGAGAAACUUUCUACCUAACCUUGAAUUGGAAGUAAUUAAUCUGCACUGUGAUGACAUACUGAAAGGCAAAUAUCAAAUGAAGAACCAAUGGAUAACUGCCUUCCCAGUAAUGAAUAUGCUCAAUUAAAAUCAUGCUUGUGGGUUAAUAUCAAUAUUUGGCAAUAUCUGUUUCUGUUAAAAGACAUUUUCAAAGACAAAUACAUGCAGUCUCAUUACAGAUCAAUGUUUUUUUGUUUGUUUGUUUUUAAGCAAAAGUGCUCUCAUUCUGCACCCAGGCUGGAGUACAGUGGCACAAUCAUGACUCACUGCAAGCCUGUAUCUCCUGGCCCCAAGCGCUUCUCCUACCUCAGCCUCCUGAGUAGCUGCGACCAUAGGUGCAUACCACCACACCUUAGGUUUUAUUUUUUUAAUUUUUGUAGAGACAGGUUCUCCCUAUGUUGCCCAGGCUGGUCUCGGACUCUUGGGCUCAAACAAUCCACCUGUCUUGGCCUCCCAAAGUGUUGUGAUUACAGACGUGAGCCACUGCGUUUAGCCUGCAGAUCAAUAUUAACAGAUGAGGCCAGGCGUGGUGGCUCAUGCCUGUAAUCCCAGCACUUUAGGAGGCACAGGUGGGCUGAUCACUUGAGAUUAGGAGUUCAAAAACAGCUGGGCCAACAUGGUGAAACC